AUGGCCGAUUUGACCACAGCUCGGAAGCGCCCUGCGGCGGAUCAGACCUGUGACACCUGCGGCGAGGAAGUCACCUCAUGGGACAUGAAGAAGUUCAGUACAUGUGCUCAGAAGCCCUGCAACAAGACCUGCAACCUUUGUUGGAAAAAGUAUCUCAAGGUGACGGCCAUGGAGACCCCUCUGAGAAUCUUGCAGUGUCACGUCUGCGAUCAAGAGCUCGAUCUCGACGAACUGCUGAGGAAGCCACUGUUGGAGGCACGGGACGCAGCUCAGUGAGUAGAAUUGGAUUUGUAGACCACCGAAGCUGUACUGACGCUGAUUUUCAAGUUUCCGAUACCGCAGACGUCAGCGCGAGAUGGACAAGAACGGGGAGCGAGAAUGCCUUAGCGUGCUCGUGGGAGACGGCAACGCUUGCAAGAACAUUCAAGAGCAUAAUCGCGAUGUUCGUAUUUCCAAGUGCGAAGGAUGUGGCGGAGAAGAUUGCACCUUUUGCGGCCACACAGAGCACUACGGUCAAACCUGCGACGAAUUCCAAGCAGCAUACGAGGCCGAGCAGAACAUCAAGUACAACUGGAGCUGGACGACGAAGCGAGGCCCGGGAGAACAGGACAGGAAGGUCGAGAUACCCUACCCGCUCUCCACCAACGAACUCUUGGGGUAUAUGUACGACUACGAAACGCCAGUCGAGCAGAUCCGCCCAUGCCCACACUGCGGCAUCAAGAUUUCGCUGGAGAAGAAGUGUGCGCGCCUUCGAUGCAUCAAGUGCUCCAUGGAAUUCUGCAUGAAGUGUGACGCGCCGUAUCUUGGUAAGGACGGCGUUGCGGAGCUUGGUAAUGCUGCGCACACGCUGCCAUGUCACUAUGCUUCGAGAACAAUCGAGGCUAGGCAGAUGACUGGAGCCAAAGCGUGGAAAGCGGCCAAGGCUGUCGAGCGAGCUCAAGGUUUAGUUGAGACACUGAACAAGAAGAGGGCGAUCCAUGUGCAAUGA